AUGUAUCAGCCAGGUAGCUUCGAACCCUUCCUGCUUAGUCCUUUGGAUCACACUUUACCACCCGUCUGCCCGACUCUUUUCCUAUGUUUCCGAUUAUCAGAGCACCAGCACUAUGUCUCGCGCCUUCGAAGAGGAAUAGAUAUUAUGCUGUUACGUCUUCCAUUUUUAUAUGGAGAAGUUGUGUCAUGUGUCGACGAAAAAGGGAGGGCUGGACGUAUGAAGGUCCAAUUUCCCAGUUCUUCCAUCGAAGGAAUUUCAAUGCUCUCAAUCAGACAUUACCCUGACAAGACAUUACCAUCCGAUCAAUCUCGCAAAGAUGAACAUCUCCAUGUUCAGCAUGAGGUUGCCAAUCUCGAUCAGUCAUAUUGCCCAUUGGCAUUUAUCACGAGCCCGGGAGAGCCGGGCCCUGUUGUGCGCUUUCAGGCUAACAUACUGGCUGACGGGGUUUUGCUGAGUAUGAGUUUCAAUCACCAAGUCGCCGAUGCGACAGGACCCGCGAUUAUCUUAGAAAUGCUGGCUCAAGGCUGUCGUGAUUCUUCUGCGGAAGAUGCACAAAUUCUUCCCUCAAGUUGUCAAUCCGAAUCAAGGCUACGCGAACAGCUGUCCUGCAUUGCACAUUCACUUCAUUCGCAUCAAGACUGGGCCUAUGGACCACUGGCUAGAAAUGAUACCGCGGACGAUGCCUCCACAGCGAGCGAAUCCGAAACGGUGCUUUCAGACCCAGAUCUCAAAGGCCUUCCAUUUGUCUUCCCCCCAGAAAAAGUUGUUCACCUUCGAGAUAUAUGCAACAGUCUCUUACCGAUCCUGCAGCACGAGUACCAGGGAUCACGAAACAAAUCCGUCCACCCAAGCACCCACUGGCCCACAUUUCUUUCCUCUAACGAUGUUCUGAUAUCGAUGAUUUUGUUUUGUAUCGAGCGAGUCUGUUUCGAAAAUGGUCGUGAGUGGUCCGACUCCGCCGGCUUAUGCAUGGCCAUCAACCUGCGCUCACAUCUUCAACCUCCUCUGCCAAAUCACUAUAUCGGGAAUGUAAUCACAGUUCGCAGGUUUCCGUACUCUCUUCAACGCGAUGGUCUCAGUCUUGACCAACAUAUGGACACGAAUUUACUGGCCGAGCUUCCUGCUCUAGUCGGUGAAUAUGAACUAUUCCACAUUGCCAACAUCGCCUUCCAAGUCAGAGCAAUGAUUAACUCCACAGACGACAGGUAUACUCGGGGCUAUAUAUCUUAUCUGAAUAAUCAAAGUGGCUCGUACAGCGCUAUGAGCGGACUCUCAGGGUUGUUGGUGACUAGUUGGCGACACUUGCCUGUAUACGAUCUAGAUUUUGGCCCCGGGAUUGGAAAGAUCGAUCAUUUCGAGUCUCCACCCGGUAUGAUGGAGGGUGCUUGUAUUAUCUUGCCGGCUAACAAGAAUGUCGGUGGCCAUGGUGAACCUGCUUCAUGGGAUGUAAGACUUAUGUUGAAACCGGAGGAUAUGGAGGGCCUGGUUAGAGAUGGGCUAUUCCAGUGGGCUUUGGGCGGAUAG